UAUAUUUUUGGUCUGGUUAGAAGUCUGACGAGUGAAUUUUUAAUAAGUUGUUGUUGCAGCAGACCUUUCUUUUGAUGUCAGGAAAACUGUGACUUGAAGCAGGAGCAUGUUUAGUUUAUUAACAUUUAGCUUAAACCACAAUCUUUCCUUAAACCUAACCAAAGUGCUUUUGUUGCUAAUACUCCUGCAGGAUGCAGACCUGUAGGUCCAUCCUAAUCUCCUGCCUAUGACUUGUGUGUUCUACAAGUGUUUGAUUGUCAAACAGCUAUUGCAUUUCCCUUUAUAAUGUAAUGGGAAAAGCACAAGUAUUACAUAGUUGCUAAGACAAAGUUGAAUCUUGACAGUAAAUGCAAAACGCUUGCCUUGUCUGCGUGUCUGUUUGUCUGUCUUAAUAACAGUUCUCGGAAUUCAAGCUGGAUCUGACUUAGAAGCAUAGUUUCAUUUCUCUUAAAUAGAGAUACCACAGUUUAUUGAUCCAGUGACCCGAUGCAGCCUCAGUAUAAUCUUUCACUUGGUAACUUUUCUGAGAAAUAUUCUUCUCUUUAAGUGUGAAUAACUAGCACUUGAGGUCACAUUUCAAAAUCCAAUCCAACUUCGUCCCACUCACUUUUAUUGUUGCAUUUUCUUACUAAUUUAUAUCUUUUAAUAUAUACAUUUGAUAUCAUACUAUUAAAAACACUAGCACAUUUUCUGCAUUUUUAAUAUACUACAUAAAAGUGAAUAAGUCAUCUUUACUUUAUACAGUACAGUGUAUAAAGACAGACACAUAACUGCAGCAGUAAAAGCUAUAACAUGAAAUAGUGAUCAACAACAAAUACAGUUAAAAAGGGGACAAAGCAGAAGGGAAUAAACUAAAAUGUUCAGUCCUAUUCUAAUCUAUACAAUCUACAGUAUUUCACCACAUCACACAUCCAUUGAGGAGGUGAUCAGUGAUGUUCUACUUCAGUAACAUUUCAGUUCUGUUCUCAGUCCUCCUCAUUUCUUUCUUUCAUACUAUAUUAAAGAUUUUUAAGGAUUUCUGGCAUGCUGGGUGCAAACAUUUGUAAAUAAGUCAAGAUCCAUUAUUUUGGUUUUAAGCUUGUAUGAAAAGAAACUUUAAGCAAUUUAGAAACCUGUUCAUUGAUUGCAUUUUCUGUGACCUUGUAAGGUGGGUCAUCAUGUAAAAGAGGAACAAUGGGUUUCUGAGAAAGCCGCUUUCCAGAAAUGCACAAGAGAUAACACAAUGCUAUUAAAGGAAUAUAGCAGCAUUUUUACAUGCUUGUUUUUUUUAAAACUGGUUUUAGUUUCAGUAUGAUUGAAAAAUCUAACUUUAAACUUAUUUGAGAUGUGUAAUCCAUCCUCAUAUAUUUACUUAAGCAAUAAUGAUUGUACACUUUUUCAUAUUGGGACACCUAAGAGUACAAUGUACAACUUUUUAACAACUGCUGCUUGACUUUCUUGUCUUCAGACACAAAAUCAGCCAAAACAUGUUAGCAUAUUGUUAUCAUGUGGCAGUAACUGCACUAAUAUUAAGCAAAAGGUGUGUUUUUAACCAUAUUUUGAAUAAAAGUAUAAACUGAAAUGGUUAUAUCAUCUUUUGACAUGAUGUCCACUUCCAUUGCUAUAAAGUCUCCACUGCUGUACACCAUGACCAACUGCCUCACUGAAAUAAAAUUCAUAGAUACUGAAUUUCUCAAACAGAACUCCUUUUCACACCUCUCCUUAGGCGACAGGUUCCUCCUUUUUGCUAACAAUUUACUGUGUGUAUCACACUUAGGGACCUCCAGUGAUGUUUACGGUGCUAUAUAACACAGCUUAUAGCACAGUGCACUUCCUCCUUAUGCUCAGUUCAUAUUUGAGGAAUACUUGAGGAAGUCUUGUUUCCACUGCUGCAUAAACUGAAGAACACUGAUUUAGCUGAUCUUCAGAGGGGAGUGAUACAGUGUUUGACGAUGGGGUCACUGAAGAUGUGGUGCCUCCUGCCCCUCGCUGCUCUCCUCCUUCUAUCCAUCGUUCCCACAGUAGCUGAAGUGGUGGGGUCGAUGUCAGACUGUGCAGGGUUUCUUCUUGAGGAAACUCCACCACAUAUCCCGGGAAUCUUGGAGGGAGGGAACAUCCUGAACCAGAACAGAUACAAACCCAUUUGCCAGACUUUGAACAACAAUAGAAGCUUUGUGACACUCUACGACACCGAGAACAAGAUCCCAGUGUUUUCUGCUUACAAGUACAUUGGGAAGAGCAACAUCCCGAGACCCACUGCCCCUUGGAAUAUAGAACCACAGCUUGAGAACAAAUCUAACGACAAGAACAUGAAGAGAGCAAACGAAAAGAAGAUCUACUACUACCAAGCUGGAAACACAGAUUACAGUAACAGCAGAGGGUUCAACAGAGGGCAUUUAUUUCCAAGCUCUUAUGCGUCUACCAAAAAUGAUAAAAUAUCUACCUUUACCCUGACUAAUGCUGUUCCACAAGACAUCCUAUUCAACAGUGGAAGCUGGGCGAACAUGGAGAGUUGCAUCAGGUGUGUUCUGCAUGAAUACUGCAUCAACAAUAAUGAUAAUAGAGAAGGCUUUUUGGUAACUGGAGCACAGCCCAGCACCAACAACUUUCUCAACAACAAGAUCAAUAUUCCUUCCAUGCUCUGGUCAGCAUUCUGCUGCUACAGUACACGUGCGAGGAGGUGGCUAGCAAGUGCGCACUGGGAACAAAACAUCCGAGGUGGUGAUGAAUAUCUGCAGACGAAGACCUUGGCAGAGCUCCAUAAUGAACUGGGAAGUUCAAUGUUUCCAGGAAGAGAAUGUCCUCUCUACACAACUGUCACUCAGUUGUACCCAACUCUUAAUAAGACUUGCAAAUGCCCACCACCCGUUUCAACUACUUCCGUCCCUCCCACAACUACCUCUGGUCCACUUUCUACAACAUCUACCCCUCUUAGUACCACAUCUGCCCCUCUUACUGACACAUCUGCCCCUCUUACUGACACAUCUGCUCCUCACAGUACCACAUCUAGUCAACUUUCUACUACAUCUACCAUUCUGUCUACCACAUCUACCACUUUUACUGACACGUCUGCCCCUCCCAGUUCCACAUCUGCCCCUCUCAGUUCCACAUCUACCCCUCUUACUGGCACAUCUGCCCAACCCAGUUCCACAUCUGUCCCACAUUCUACCACAUCUACCCCUCUUAGUACCACAUCUGGCCCACUUUCUACCACAUCUACCCCUCUUAGUACCACAUCUGGCCCAGUUUCAACCACAUCUUCCCCUCUUAGUACCACAUCUGGCCCACUUUCUACCACAUCUACCCCUCUUAGUACCACAUCUGGCCAAUUUCUACCACAUCUACCCCUCUUAGUACCACAUCUGGCCCACUUUCUACCACAUCUACCCCUCUUAGUACCACAUCUGGUCCACUUUCUACCCCAUCUACACCUUUUAGUACCACAUCUCGCCCACUUUCUACCACAUCAACCCCUCUUAGUACCACAUCUGUUCCUCCCAGUUCCACAUCUGCCCCUCUUACUGACACUUCUGCUCCACCCAGUUCCACAUCUGUCCCACAUUCUACCACAUCUACCCCUCUUAGUACCACAUCUGGUCCACUUUCUACCACAUCUACCCCUAUUAGUUCGACAUCUACCCAUCUUACUGACACAUCUGCCCCUCCCAGUUCCACAUCUGCCCCUCUUACAACUACAUCUGCUCCUCCACCAACCACAACAAGCAGUACUCCCUCAAGUACUGCCGCUACCACUUUGGGCACUACUAUAACUACAACCACAGAUACACCACCUACUACUACUCUACUAACAACCACUCCCCUGCUGACGACACCUUUUCCUACAACUACUAAACCCCAAACUACAACUCUUCCACCAACAACCACCAAAACUACAACA